UGGACAUUCAGCACCAUCCCCUGGCCUGUCACCUACCCCGUAUCCUCUCCCCAUGGACUGGAGGCUCUCGCUGUGCGCCGCUUCCUGCUCGCGACGGUCCACAGUCAGGGGAAGAACAAGAAGGACCGAGUUCGAGCUGCGAUGCUUCGUUGGCAUCCCGAUAAGUUUUGUCCUAAAUGGCUGGGGAAGGUCAAGGAGGGUGAUCAAGAAGCUGUGAGAGAGGGAGUGAAUGCCGUUGCAAGGAUCUUGCAAGACUUGCAGACCGAAUGUACCUGA